CCCAAGCCCAAACCCAACAAUCCGUCAAGAACAUUGUCGGUCUUCAUCAUCAAAAGGGAAUCAUCCAUUUUGGAUUUCAAGAAUAUCUGUGUGAAUGGAGGAACAAAAGCGAAAAUGGAGGCGACUCUCAAAGAUUUCCACUGAUUUUUCUGUUAUAAACAAUCUUGAUGAUGGCUGCCUUAUGCACAUCUUUAGUUUUCUCUCCCCAAUUCCAGAUCGGUAUAACACCGCCCUCGUUUGCCACAGAUGGCUAUUCUUGGCAUGUCAUCCUCGCCUUUGGUUGCGAGUAGACCGUUCUGUGAAAGAUUUAUCUCAGCCUGGAGCCUAUCCAAACAUUGAGAUGGCUGUCUCCGCUGCAAGGCCUGGGGACACUAUACUGAUUGCUGCCGGAGGCAGCCAUUGUGUGUCAAAUAUUCAGAUUGAAAAGCCACUUUGCCUGAUUGGCGCAGGUGAGAGUCCUGAUGAUACAACCCUUGUUUGCUCCCGCAGUUCAGACAGUGCAUUGGAGUUCAGGUCCACCUGUAAGCUGGCUAAUUUGACUGUGAGGACAGAGCUCGGUUGCUGCUUGCUUCAUAGAAGCGGGAAGCUCACGAUUGAUGGGUGCAUUCUUCAGUGUGAGUCGAACCCUCUGGACCAUCUGUCCUAUGCAAUUAUCAGUACUGCCGGUGCUGCUGAGGUUGUCCCAUCAGCACUCAAGACAUGUAGUAAUGGUGUUUCAGUUCUGAGAACUCGAAUUGAAGGAGGUGCCAAAGCUGUCCUAACCAGUGGGACACUUUCAUUGCAACGAGUACGAGUCAUUUAUACUCGUACGUCACUCUUCUUCUGGUUUGAGGUAGAAAGUGGUGACAAAAAUACUGUGCAAUCUGCAUCCGUUGAAUUGCCAAUUAGUUAGUCAGUCUAUUGUGACCCGAUUGUCGUUAUCCUCUCCUUGCCUUUCUUGGGAAGAGGAAAGGGGCUUAGAGGAUUUGUUGUAACAUAUUUUUCUAAUUUUUACUCAGUUUUAAUGCAUCAUUGUGCAAAAGUUCUUGGUUCUUAAA